AAGUAAGCUCCGCGGAGACCGGGGCUCAGUCGUCCGCGACACCUUCGGCGCGCGCGAUACCGAUCCCAGUCGCUGCGAAAAGCCGGCUGCCAGCUUCUCUUUCCUUUUAACUCUUGCCCUAGCGCGCGCGGUGUUGUUGCAUAUCAGUGUUGUUGGUGCUAGAGGAAAUUUCAAAAGAAAUUUUUGAGUGAAUGGUGAACGGUUUCCCGCGCUAGUGCGAUUUCCCGAGCGCGCGCGCGCGCGUGCGUAUAUGGCAUUGAGCGCGAUAAACGCUCCGGUCAUUAAUAAUAGAUGAGCGAAAGCGGUCUCGAAAAGCGAUGAUGGCCCAAGGUCCAUGCCGUGAUGCCAGUAGCCGCGGCCUAGCGCGAACCUGCUGCAGAACCGACAGCCACGGCUGCAACGACUGCUGAGGCAAAAGGAGAGCACAAUCGACAAAGAACAAGUGCCGCGCGAGCGGAGAAUCGCGAUGUAAGAACGUGUGUCAGUGCCGCGCAGAGACGACUUCUAGAGUAUAGUGUACGUACCCCGCUCUCUGCAUAACUCACUGCACAUCGAUACCGAUCGCGUGUAGCGAGCAUCGAGCAACUCGGACAUCGACAUCAGACGGACGCACCAUGCGAACGACGAGGGUCCUCCUGGCCUCGCUGGCGCUGCUGCUGCUCUGCCUCCUCCUGGCCGGCGAAGCGCGCCGAUACGCCGACGACGAGGACCUGGCCGACAGGGCGCCGCACCACAAGCACCGGCACAGGCACGAGCUGCAGCCCAGGUGGCCGAGCGCCGGCAAGAAGCGCGCGAGCAACGACGCCGAGGACGACUACUACGACGACUCGGACUACGAGGAUUACCUCGACGAGGACGAGUCGGCGGAGGAGGAGUACAAGGAUCGGCGAGCCGGCCGGUCGCACAGCCCCAAGAGGAGCGGAGGCAAUCAGCGCAGGUACCCGCCGCCGAGAUACCAUCACCGAGGCUCGCAUCACGUGGGAAGCGCUCGCGGACACGAGGCCCGAGCUCACGACAGGCUCGGCAGCAAUCGCCACAGAGCCGGCUCCAGGGGCACCGGCUACCCGCGCAAGCGCUACGAGGACGAGGACUCCGAGCUGGAGGCCGAGUACGACAGGCUGCACAGGCGUCGCUACGACGACAGCGACGAGGAGGACGACUACCACGCCAAGCACAAGAGCCCCCGGAGGCGGAUAGUCGAGCCGAGCGACAGCAAAGCUCGGAGGUCGCGGUACGAGCCGCCCAGGAAGGACUGGCGCUACAAGCUCGACGACGAGGAGGACGACUACGCGUACGACGCCGACGACGAGGCCGAGGAGUCCGAGGAGCUGGAGAACGAGCGCGCCAAUCGCUCCCGCAAGCACUCGGCCAGGAAGAGCUUCAGGCCGGCGCACCACGAGGUCGAGUCGCCGAAGCCCGCGCACCGGCGCGCAACGGCCUACAGCAAGCUCGACGAGUGGAUGAAGCGCGUGCGCAACUCCUCGCGCUCCCACGAGCGCAGGAACCCCAGCCCCUGGCCGGAGGACGCCGGCGACGAGGACGACGAGCUCGAGCUCUGGAAGGACGAGGAGCCCGAGGACAAGGAGCUCGACAACGACUUCUACAAGAACGACGAGUCGACGAGCCUCAAGAGCUACGACGACAUCAUCCGCAGGCUGACGGAGGAGCGGACCACCACCUCCACCAGCACCGCCGCUCCGGUAAAGCGGGACUACAGGAACACGUUCUACGACUCGAAGAGGAGGCACGCGAAUCUCGUCGACAGCACCGGCCGGAAGAAGAGCCUGCAGGACGAGGAGGAGGAGGAGGAGGACGACGACGAGGAGGCCCAGGCCGAUGCUAAUAUGGACUACAACGACGACGACUUUCUGGCCAGCGCGUCCUCUCCGAGCACGACCAGAGGUCCUCCGCCAACGACGAGCACCACCAGCACGACCAGCACGACGACGACGACGACGACAGCCCGGCCCUGGUACAGCGCCUCGAAGAACACCCGAAACUUCAGCUCGGACAACAGCGGCUACCAGGCGAAGAGCGAGCGGCCGAUGUCGCCGAUAAGCGCGGCCAAGUGGGGCGACCUCGGGACCCGCGAGGGAGUCGAAAAGACCCGGAACAGCAUGCUGAGCGAGUCCAGCAAGGCGUCCGAUUUCAGCGCGGCCCAGAGCCACGCGAUACGAGUCGCGAGGGAGGGUAGCUGCCGCUGGCCGCGCGCUAAGGUCAUCCCGGUGCUCGACAUCUACUACAACUCGACGACCAACUACUGGCCGCACUGCGUGAUUCUGCACAGGUGUUCCGACGAUACCGGAUGCUGCAGACACGAGUCCUUCACCUGCGAGGCCAAGCACAUCCAGAGGGUCGAGCUUGCUUUCCACGUGGUCUCCCUCCACGGCAGCCAGGGCGUCGCGAAGCUCACCUUCGACAACCACACCGAGUGCAGGUGCAGCGAGCGGAAGAACCUGGAGAGCCAUCGAAACCCGAGGCACAACGUCCAGGCGCCGGCCAACAUCGUCAAGCAGCAGCGGCCGAGAAAACCAUGCCGCUGUCCCAGUAACUUCUUGCCGAUGAUCACGAGCGACGACUCCUGCGAGUGCACUUGCCCCGACAGGGACAGGGAGGAGACCUGUCAGAAGCUGCUGAUGGGCCGAGGCUAUCUAUCGAACGUCGACAGACAGUGCAUCAAGGAGGAGAGAUGCAUGGCGCCCAAGUGCUUCUACGGCGCUUACCUGGUGGAGACCGGCGGCUGUCCGCAGAAGAAGAAGUUCAUCGACUCGAACGUCUGGUCACGCCGUCCGAGCAACAACUACCAGUAUCCGCGCGGCAGAAGUUGGAGGACUCCGUAAUCCAUCGUCUCGCGGUAGAAGAUGACGACGACGAUGAUGAUGGUGCCAUUUAACCCCUGUCUCUUUUCUUUCCUCCUCCUCGUCGGCGCCGGAACGAGAUGAGCGAGCGAGACUCGAUUAUUUUUUACACCGCGCCUGCGUACGUGGUACGAAUUAUACGUCCACUGUACUACGCGAUUUACGCGCUCUUGCGAUAUAUCAUACGUGUGUAACCAGUGAUUUGGGCUGUUUUGCGAGAGGCGCGCGCGGGCAGUGUCGUUUUUUUACGUGUAUAAGUCGUAUAAACUAUACGCGUUAUAAUGUAAUCAAUAUUUAGCGGCUAGACUCUGGAUUGUCAAGCAAGUCGAGCUGUUUGCAGAGGAACUCUCGUAUGCGAUCGAUACGCCUUUUUCUACAUUAUUAUUAUAUUCUAAUUCUUGCAGAAACGUCUCUUUAUGCUUCUAUUCGCGUCGAGCGAAUCAUCGCGUGUAAAUAAGUGCAUCGGAGGUCAGCGAUAUUGACAAAUAUCCGAUCGUCCGAUGAUUCAUCAAUUAAGAGUAUCUUUUAGCUUCUAUGCCCACAUAUUAUUUACGCUGCUAUAUACGAAGAGUGUGGCGAUCAGUUUCGAAAAGGGAGAGAGCCCGAACGUCAUGGUACACUCCGCCGAAGAAGUAUGUAAAUAAAAUAUAUAUCUCGCUUAAAUAACUAUACUUAUAUCAACAUUUGAACAUUCUAAAUUUGAUCAUUCUAUAAUAUUAUAACUACCCUGCGUAAUGACGAGUUUCUCAUAAUAAUAAUAAUAAUAAUAAUAAUAUGUGUAAACGUAAUCUUGAAUUAACACGACAUUGAAUCUGAAUAACGAGACGAUAAAAGUCAAUGUUGCUCGAAAAAGUAUUAGAAUGGAAAACGCAUAAUUAACGUAUAAGGGAUGAAAAAGCAAGAAAAACAAAAGAAAAACGUCGACGAAACGAAGCUAGUAGAUCUGAAGGAACGCGCAGCUCUUCGACUGACUUUAAGCAUUGAGGUAACUUAAACGGUAUACGAGGGAGAGAGAUAAUGUUAAUGAGAAGUCCUCGGACGCGAGCCUAGUCUGAGGCCCUAUCUCGAUCCUGCGUAAAAGCCUCCUUUUGUCUUUUCUCUCACGGAAUUUUUGACCUCUCUUUCCGAAGCUUAUGCGGCCUGACAUUUCCCUUUUCUCACCAGCGCGUCCUGGCCAUUUAUUGUUGCUUAUUUCAUAAGCACGACAAUAGAUUUAUUUCGUUCGCUAUUGAAAUUACAGGUUUCCGCGCAGGAAACUUGUUAUUUUUUUCCAAAUAAGCGUCUUCCUGUAUAGGAGAGUCAAUAAACGCAGGUUCGAAAGAGGUCCUUAACGUAAUAUCCACUUCGCUAUAAUAUAUAUAUUAUUAUGUAUCUUGGAUAUUAAACAUUUACUGACACAGCCGCUAACGUAUAUUAUACUCUUGGCGAAAUUUCUUCCUUUUUUUUUUAAUAUCCUAUACCGCUUAUCGCGCGACAGUAUCGAAACUUAACGAUUGCCAUUCUUUCGAACGAAGUGUAUUGAAUUUAUAUAUACUUUUAUAUAUGCUUCGCUUCUCUCAACGUGUAUAAGUUUCGCAGAAACUUUGUAGAUUUAUAGACGACAGACGAAGCAUUUGUAUAAGAACGUUCAUUAAUUUAAUACUUAGCAUAUUAUGAAAAAACAAGUCUAACCCCUCUUUUAUACAUACUUUUUAGAUGUAAUAAUAUAUAUAUAGUGUGUGUGUAUGCGGAGUAUCAAGAGAACAAGACGUGAUCUUUGCGACCUUGUAACAAGAUGAAAUAAUUGAUUCGUUUAACAUCUUACGGUUACGUAGCUUACUUUGGCAGAAGAAAAAAUUUUCCGACCUGGACGCCUCCGAUCUUGUGCGCGAGGUCGAGGUGAAUAUGCGAAAUAAGAAAAAUGGCCAAUAUGAAGGUCGCAACGCAAAGCAAAUUGUAAAUUGUAUUUUAGUAAAUAUAUUAUGUAAUUAUAAAUAAGCAUGUAGCAAAAAAAAAUAUACAAUUUUUGUCGUCGUCGUGCAUUGGUAUUGUCAAAAUCAUUAUUUCCCCUUUUCUAAUUAUAUAAUAUCAUAUACCAUAAUAAAUGCAUGUUAUAUAUGUAAUAAUAUCAAUCUGAAAGUGUUGUGUCUACUGCCUACAUAAUAAUAUACAAUAAAAUAGCAUUUAAGCAA